AUGUAUCAAAAAAUCCCUAUUACUUUGUUUAGAGUAAGCAAGAUUGGUAUAAAAAAAUAUGCAACCAAUAAAGUCUAAACAAGUAAAUACACUUGGUUUAAUUUUCUUCCAAAAAACAUAUUAGAACAAUUUACGAAACAAGCAAACUUAUAUUUUUUAAUUUUGGCAGUUUUAUAAGCAAUACCAAUCAUUUCAAUAUCAGAUGGUUAACCUACAAUAUUGCUACCAUUAAUUUUCAUAUUAAUUGUUACUAUGAUGAAAGAUUUAUAUGAAGACACAAAAAGAAAAAAAAGUGAUAGAUAGGAAAACGAGAAUACAUGCCUUUUAGAAUCAGGCUAAAUUUUAUAAUGGCAGGAUAUCCGUGUAGGCGAAGUUCUGAAAAUAAGAGAAAAUGAAUAGUUCCCGUGUGAUGUCUUGCUUCUAAAGAGUGUUCAAAAAACAGGGGAAUGUUAUAUUGAGACAAAAAAUUUAGAUGGUGAAACUAACUUGAAAUAAAAAAAAGUUCCAUAAUACCUUUUAUAAUAAGGAGCUGAAAUGCUUAAUCAUUUAGUAGUCGAAUACGAUAUGCCUAACAAUUAGCUAUAUAAAUUUUCAGGCUCCUGUUAUUUCGACUUGGAUAAAAAUUAAGAAAAUGAUAUUUUUUCGCUCUUGAACCAAAAGGAGAUUUUGAAUGAUAAAUUAACAAUUCUGCAAUCUUAAAGGAAUAAGGAUUAAUAAACAAAUCUUUUAAUAUCCUAAGUAAGGACUCUGGAUGAAGAAAUAGAAAGAAUAAAGAUUUUAAAAAUUGCAUUAGAUAAUAAUAAUACCAUUUUAAGAGGAAGCAUUUUAAAAAAUACAAGUCACAUUAUUUGUUUGGCAUUAUAUACAGGGCACGAUACUAAAAUAAUGAAAAAUACAAUCAAAGUCAAAUAUAAAUAAAGUUCGCUUGAAAAGUAACUAGGAAAAAGAAUCAUAUUUAUUUUUCUUCUUUAGUUAGGUAUUUGUCUUUUUUCUUCUCUAUAUUAUUCUAUAUGGUUUAAUGAACAUUAUGAAACAUUGACUUAUUUAGAAAUAAAAAAAUCAGGUUAUGUUGACAAUUCUUUUGCCUACAAUUUUUUUGUAAGAUUGGGAAAUUGGAUAUUGAUGUUUGGAAAUCUUGUUCCAAUAUCUCUACUGGUAACUUUAGAAACUGUUAAAUUUUGUCAAGCAUUUUUGAUUUAAUUUGAUAAAAAGAUGAGUUUAAAUGAAUAAAGAUGCUCAGUUUAAUCCUCAAACUUAAACGAAGAAUUGGGACAGAUUAGGUAUGUUCUCAGUGACAAAACUGGAACCUUGACAAAAAAUUAGAUGAUAUUUAAAAAAAUAUGUAUAGAUGGGACUUCAUAUGGUAAUGAUUAUCAAAAUAAUUCACCUAUUGAUUUUGUAUAAUUUGAUGAUUAAACUUUUGUAGAUAAAUUAAAUUAAAAUGAUCCUAUUAUAGAGAAAACAUUAUUAUUAAUAACAUUAUGCCAUUCUGCAAUAAUUUAGAAAGUUCAAGAUGAAUUGUAUUAUAAUGUUACUUCUCCUGAUGAAUUGGCUUUAUUAAACUUUGCUAAAAAAUUUUAAGUCACAUAUAAUGGGAUUGAUGAGAACAACAUAAUAACAAUAAAUUAUAGGGGGAAGCAAAAAUAGUUUUAAUUCCUAUAUUUAUUUGAAUUUACGAGUGAAAGAAAGUGCAGUUCAAUAUUGGUAUGUGAUAAGGAAACAAAUUUAAUUUAUCUAUUCUCAAAAGGAGCAGAUUCUGUAAUGUUAAAGAAAUAACUACACUAAAAUAUUGAAAAAUCUAAGAAUUAGUUUAACAAAUAUAUAUCUGAAUACUCUGAAAGAGGACUAAGAAUUCUACUUUUAGGGUAUAAAGAAAUACAUUGGAGUGAAUAUGCUUAAUGGGAAUCUUUAUAUAAAUAAGUAAUAACUCAGAUGGAAAACAGGCAAGAAAAAAUGGAGGCCUUAUAAGACUAGUUAGAAAAAGAUCUAACAAUCUUAGGGUUAACUGGGAUUGAAGACAAAUUGUAAGAUAACGUUGACGAAACAAUAUAUAGUUUGAGAUAAGCUGGGAUAAAUAUUUGGGUACUAACAGGAGAUAAAAUUGAAACUGCAAUCAAUAUAGCAAUAUCUUGCAAAUUGCUUGAAUAAAAGAUGAAUAUUUAAAUAAUAUAGCAACCGAUAUAUGAAGAUAUAAUUGCAAAUUUAAAAUAAAGUGAUGCUUUUGUUGUCUCAGGUGAAUGUUUGACGUUAAUUCUGGAAGAUACUGUUUUAGAGAAUUUAUUUUCAAAAAUUACUGAAAAAUGCUAGUCUGUUUUAUGUUGCAGAGUCAGCCCAUUAUAAAAGCAAUAAGUAGUUUGUUUUGUAAGAAAAUAUUUUUCUAUGUCAUCAUCCUUAGCAAUUGGAGAUGGAGCAAAUGAUGUCAGUAUGAUAACAAGCGCAAAUGUCGGAGUCGGUAUCUUUGGGAUAGAGGGAUAACAAGCAGCAAGAGCAUCCGAUUAUGCUAUUGGAGAAUUCUAGUAAUUAAGAUAAUUAUUGCUGGUACAUGGAAGAGAAUCAUAUAGAAAAAAUUCAGAGUUAGUUUUGUACAAUUUUUAUAAAAAUGUGAUUUUGGUUUUUCCAUAAUUCUGGUUUUCCAUUUACAAUAAUUUUAGUGGAUAAAGAAUUUAUGACAACUUAAUUUAUUAGGCUUACAACAUAUUUUAUACUUCUGUGCCCAUCUUAAUUUUUGCAAUUUUCGAUGCAGAAUAUUCAGAAUAAAUGCUUUAUUAAAAUAAAUACUCAACAUAUUCUAUAGGAUUAACAAAUAGUUGCUUUAAUACAUAAUUGUUUAUAUUAAUGUUAGUUAAUUCAAUUUACUCAUCAAUAAUUAUUGCGUUUUUUAGCAUUUAUAUUUUUGAUCAAAGCACUCAUUAAGAAGGCCGAUAAUUAUCGUUUUGGUACACUGGCACAGUAACGUUUUGGUUGGCAAUUUUAAUAUCCAAUUUAAGAAUAGUAAUCAUUUCAAAUACUUGGUCACCAGCACAUAUAUUUUUCUUACUUGGGAUGAUUGCUAUGUUCUUCUUCACUCUUUUAAUUUUUGAUGAUUUUACUUCUUUUGACGGAGUGUAUAAAAUCUUUUUAAGUGUAUUUAGAUCAACAGGAUUUUAUUUAGUUUGCAUUCUUGUAGUUGGUUCGACAUCUGUUAUAGAUCAUCUAUUAAAUAAAUUUACUUACUUUAAUAAAAAACUACAACCAAUUAACAAUAGAAUAUACUAGUUAGAAUCGUAAUGA